AUGUCCUCGCAAGAACUACCACAACCCGCAGCAGAUCGGCAGAAAUACCUCAAAGAUGAAAACAAUCAAGACUCCGCAGCACCCACAGGCAACGAUAACCAGAAAGAAGAAGGACAAAUGCUCCCCCCACCCCUCCCGCCAUCAUCCUCAGCCCUCCCCAGCAGCGAUCCAGCACCAACCCCAGCCUCAGACGAAGCCGAAAUCCCAUCCUCACCCUCAAAACCAUCCUCCUCAGAAACCAAAUUGAAACCACCAAACCCCGCCCUCCUCGCCGCCCAAGCAAGCCUCUCAACCCUCCAAGCCGAACGCCAGUCCCUCGUCAACUCCAUGCCCCUCCCGGCAGGCUUGCAGAUGCCCGACGAAUGGUCCGACGAGAAGAAAUCCGAAGAAGCAUUCAAGUCCGCCAACGCCAUCAUCAAGAAUCACAUCGAUUUGCUGCAUCGAUAUAACGAGAUCAAGGACGUGGGGAUGGGAUUGGCGGGAUUGGUGGCGGAAAAGAGGGGAGUGAGGGUGAAGGUGUUGAUGGAGGAGGUGGGCUUGGAUGAGAAGGAUUGA